GUGGAUGCACCACCCACCAGCCACAUCCUGUCUCCUCCACCGAGAACCCAGCUCUACAAGCCGCACUGAGGUCUCUCUCCCUCUGCGCAUGGCUUUCCCCUUUGGGGUCCCACAGGAUGCCCCAGGACGUGACCUAUGCCGACCUGAAGUUCUCCCAGAGCCCCCCAGAAGGGACACGUCUGGAGGACCUCGCCUAUGAGAACGUCCAAGCGUCCAGUCGCCUGGAGCAGAAGGGAGGGACCAAGCAGACGGCCUGGUUUGCAGCUCUGGGAUGUGCAGGAGUCGCCCUCAUCCUUCUGGCUGCCCUCAUAGGCCUCGGAGUCCACCACUGGCGGCUCCAGAAAACCUCAGAGGAAGAGAAGGUCCAGCUGGCUAAGCAGCUUAGAGAGGAGGAAGAGAGGAUGGAGGCUGUGCAGAUGCAGCUCAGUCGGGCCAGAACGGAGCUGGAUCGUGUCAAGGAUACUUUGACGGAAAGCCAGCACCAGGCGAAUGUAGUCCUGGCCGCCCUGGAGAUGCAGAGGCUCAGCAGGGAAGAGGCACUGAAUACCAGCUGGGCCCAGGCCGCCAAAGACUGGUGCCCCGAGGACUGGGUUCUGUACCAAGGAAAGUGCCUCCUCUUCUCCACAGGAAAGAAAAAGUGGGAAGAAAGCAAGGCGGCCUGUGAAGCUCAGUCAUCCCGUCUCCUCAUCACCCGAUCUUGGGAGCCGGACUGGGUCCAGGGGCUCCUGGGGAACAGUUAUCACUGGAUUGGACUGAGAAGCAGAAAGAGAGAAAAGACAAGAUCCCGGAUUUGGACUUGGGUCGAUGACUCAACGUAUGAAGGGAACAAGCUUCCACGAAGCAACGGUGACUCUUGUGCGCUGCUUACUCGUGCUGGCGAACUGCAGCAAAAGUAUUGCACCUCCCCCUUUCCCUACAUCUGCGAGAGAGCAAAGGGCGGAUGGGAGCAAGAGGGGUGAGCUGCCCCCCAAACUGGAAACAAUCCCAUCGCCCACCACCUGCCCCAUAAGCUCCCUCCUCCCAUCAUUUCCAGAGGCACCGACCCUCCGCUCACUCUGCCAGACCCCCAACAUUUCAUCAAGAGGAAAAGGAGUCAAGCCUAUGCGCCCUGCAGGGUUGGCUUCUGAGGCCAAUAAUACUGUGUGACAUGAUUUUUGUUCCUGGAUUAUUGUAGUUCAGCCUGAGCCUGAGCUUGGGCCCAUUCAGCCAGUCAUUGUCCCUGCACCUGCUUUGCCAAAGGACUCUGGGUUUGGGCCUGAGAUGCAGCCAGAGUCUUUUCCAGUGGAUUCUGGGACCAGAGACAGAAUGGUUGCAAACAGAUAUUUGGAACCACAUUCCUCCCAGCAGUCAAGGUCAGAUCUCCAGGUAACAGAUGGACAUUCUAGUUUAGAGGAGGAGGAUGUCUUUGACAGGAGGGGACGUGAAUGUUUACAGAGAAGUGCUUUUGAAGCACUCUAAUGAGUAGUUUUCUCAUGAGAGAAAGAGUUUUCUCAUGGAAGAAAGACCUUGGAUUUUCCUUAAAUGUCUGGUCCUUCUCUGCUACGGCAGAUGUGUCAACUUUGUCAUUCAAGAGAGAAAGAUCUUUGCUCUGUGUUCCUGUAUAUUCUUGCAGCCAUGGAUUUUGCGUCAAGUUCCAGCCUUGUUUUGCCUUUGAAUCCAGUUGACUGUUCUAGUAACUCUGCCAUGUAAAUAUCUAGUACCCUGGAUUACAUUGGUUUGAUCCUGCAUCCUAGCCUUGUUUCCUGUGGUUCCAGUUUGUUUCAUGCCUUGGAAUUGAAUCUUGUUUGGACUAUUCUUGAUGUUUUUCAUGGGACUGAGUUCGAGUUCUGGUUUGGACUAUGUUCUUUGAGUGACUUUCCUAGACUCUUGCUUUAAGAUUUUCAAGUACACUGCUCUUGUGGAUUUAAACUCAUUUUAUUGACUCUGAACUUUAUUUGCUUGUGCUUACUUAUAACCUUCAAUAAACAGCUUGAUUGCUUAUAUUCUGGGGCUCCAGUAUGGCUUUGAGGUGCCUUCGCAGCCUAGGGGUGUAACAAUUAUAAAUGCCAUUUCCUACUUGGUUCUGUCAUAAAAACAUGGGAAAAGUUAUUAAACUGCAAACACUUUGUUUCUGCAGGAAGAACAUCUUGUAGCACAUUUUGCUAUAAUUUUUCAACGAAUAUCUCAUUGAGUCUCGUUUGUGGCAGCCACAAAAACGAAGUUCCUGGAGCAGAACAAGUAUUUUCAAAAUAAGUACCACACAAUCAAACAGGAAAUAACUUUCAGACCGGGAACAGAACAUUUUCCACAUUUUGUUACCUAGUGUAAUCUGCCGGAAAGGCGAGUGUGAGUCGGAGGGGAAAACCUUUUAGUUUAAAUACAUUUUUAUUAAAGUCAUUUGCCAAGGGGUGUGAAUCACAUCGACAAUUAUACACAGUGAAGGGGGAUAACAUGGGGGUAAGAAAAAAAAUAUAUAGGAGGUUAGGGGAAAUCUAUUAAUUGAAACCCUACAUCAGGAAACAAAAGGAAAAAAAGGAAAAGAGGACAGAAACAGAAAACAGAAAGCAAAAAACAAAGAAUCAGAACAUCACUUAAAUACUAACAGUUAUCACAUAUAAUUAAAAUUGACUUCCAUCAGAUGUGUGUUGUUAUGUAUCGUAUUCAUUUGGUAUAAACUAUACCCUUGUAUUUUCUCUUCUAUUUGUUUGUUGUGUUGUUUUUCUCUCCUUUAGUGUUUAUUCCGGGACAGUUGCAUAGUCUUUUCUCUUUGGCUAUUGUAUCCUUAUAUUAUCACUUUACAGUUCUCUGUUCUUAAAUAGUUUGUAACUAAUUCCAAAUCUGUUUGUUUUUUGGGUUUGCCUUGAGUGUUCGAUAAUAAGUAUGUUAAUUUGUCUGCACUCAUAAUUUCCAAAAUUUUAAUAAACCAGUUUUUUUU